AUGAACGUUCUCGUGUAUGCCGGUCCCGGCACCACCUCCGAACUGGUGAAACAUGCUGUGGAUCUGUUGCGCCACCAUCUCCUGCCCUACUACGCCGUGGUGACGGUACUGGAGGACGCGCUUGUCAACGACCCGUGGAUGUAUAAGACCGCGUGUCUCGUGGUCCCUGGCGGAGCUGAUUUGCCCUAUGUUAAGCUGUUGCUGGGAGUUGGUAACAAGAAGAUCGAUGACUACGUUCGCAAAGGCGGCAAGUACCUUGGUCUCUGUGCUGGCGGCUACUACGCCGCCAAACGGGUGGAAUUUGAAGUGGGGACACCUUUGGAAGUAUCGGGACCGCGAGACCUUAAGUUCUUCCCCGGGACGUGUCGUGGCGGCGCGUACCGAGGGUUUGAGUACGGUACUCACCGAGGCGCGAAAGUGGUCGAGCUCACGCUGGCGAUUGGCGGCCUAGACCGUGUUUCCCAGUACUAUAACGGGGGUGGGGUCUUUGUUGAUGCCUCACGAUACAGAAACGUCGAGAUCUUGGCCCAGUACCCGCCGGAUAUCGAAGUUGAAGAUGGCGAUGGUUCGCGGGCGGCGGUUGUCCAUUGUAAAGUGAACAAAGGCGAUGUUAUUUUAACUGGUACUCACCCUGAGUUCUCUCUGGCAUGGCUAGAAGGAGUAUUUGGAGCACAAUUGACUCCCCAUGAGAGAGACCGUAAAGUGUUUAUGAAAGCAAUGCUUGAGCGAUUAGGGCUCAAAGUGAAUGAAGAUGUCGAUGCUCAGCCACCUCAAUUGACACCUAUCUACGUUACUGGUCCUCAAGCUUCUCUGGUCCUCCAAACGAUUGUGGCCAAUUGUGAUGUGUCUGCUGAUGGUAUCCACCAAGACGAUACUAACCGGUUCCAGUUUUCUACUGCUCCCGUGUUGAUGGAAGGCGAUAGCCAGGAACUAGUCAACUUUGUGUUCCCCGAGGAAUUGCCUAAUGACCGUAGUACCCCGUACUUCUCGGUGCGUAAAUUCCAAGCAGCACUUGACGAGCUUAGAGACGGGCAACAGCUCGAUGUGGGCCUGGCCGUGGGCUACGGCGAAGUGGUGACGUCAACUAAUACCCUUAUGGACGGCAACCGCCAGUGGCUCAAGUACUUGCCCCAUGGAUUUACCCUCACUGCUACCGCUCAAGUUGCCGGUAGAGGCCGUGGUGGUAACGUGUGGAUCAACCCUCGCGGGGUGAUGGCUACUUCCGUGCUUUUCAAAGUGAGCGGUGAUAUCCCUAACAUCCACAACCAUAUCGUUACCCUCCAGUACCUCUGUGGGCUUGCCCUUAUUGAAGCCAUAUUAGGCUACGGCAACGGCUACGAGGACAUGCCGGUGCGGCUCAAGUGGCCCAACGACAUCUAUAUCCUUAAACCGCAACACUAUAGUGAUGUUAAGGACCGAGAUGACGUCAGUUCUACUGUUGACGGCGACGACGAGAAGUGGGCGAAGUUACUGGGGGCAAUCGUCAAUUCCCAAUACAUUGAUGGCACCUACAACUUGGUAUGGGGUGCUGGGGUCAAUGUCUCCAACGAGGCACCGACCACAUCGUUGAAUCAAGUGUUAGCUCAGCUUAACCGUCUUCGUCAACGCCAAGGACUUGCACCUUUAGCUCCUUAUAAUCACGAGAUGCUCUUGGCUAAAGUGUUGUACACUGUCGAUCAGUACUACAAAGUGUUUGCCACCCAGGGUCUCCGUCCGUUCCUCGACUUAUACUAUAAACGCUGGUUCCAUCUGCAGCAGAGCGUACUGCUUGUGGUUGACGGCCAGUUCGUCAAAGUGGUGAUUGAAGGGAUUACUCCCGACUACGGGUGUCUCGUCGCCCGCGACGUCAACCUGGGCCACCGCUACGAGUUACAACCGGAUGGCAACUCCUUUGACAUCUUUAAAGGGUUGGUAUAUAAGAAAACCGUUUAG